AUAUACUUUUUCUAUGAUAUUAUAAUUUACUGAGAUUGUAUUUCUUAUAAAUUAUUGAACCGGUAAACUUGGGGUUUUGUUGGGAAAGCCCACUUAACCCCGCGAAACUCUCUAUUUCCCUGACGUCACAACAGUGGUCAGCUGGGCUGCGCACUGCGAGGUGCGCAAUGCUUGUUUUCACUUCCUGAAACUAAGUGAGGUCACGUCAGAUAUAAAGUGCUCUCUUUAAUCAGCGCAUUCUCUGUGGGCGGUGUUCGCACCAAAGACUGACUGAUAUUAGAGACUGAAGAGCUGUCUGUAAGAUACUCUAAGACAAUCUGACGCUCAAAUUAGUCCAUUCAGCAGUUUCCUGCCUGGUUCUAUCAUGGAUGACGGUAAUUUGGAAUCAGAUCACAUGAUGGAUUUCUCCCUGAUGAACAAUCGCCUGGACUCAUUCCGAGGCUCCAACCUGGCCCAGCAGGUAUCAGCAGAAAGGCUGGCCAGGGCUGGCUUCUACUUCACUGGCCAGGCCGAUCGUGUCUGCUGUUUCAGCUGCCAGAAGACUGUGGAAAACUGGUGCAGGGGGGACACACCUGUAGAGAGGCAUAAAGAGGUUUCUCCAUCAUGCAUGUUUCUGAGCUGCACCCACCGCACCAAUUUCAACCCGAUUCAUGAUACCAGACUGACAAACGGUUCCACCUACAAUGAAGAAGCAGAAGACAUGGAAUAUCGCUUGAGAACAGGAGAAGUGGUUGAUGAGUCCACCUACCCAAUGGCCCCUCACAUGAAGAGUGAGGAGGCCCGGCUUCAGACUUUCUCUUCUUGGCCCUCUACUGCUCCAGUGAGACCCAGAGACCUGGCCCAAGCAGGCCUCUACUACUUGGGGGAGAGCGACCGGGUGCAGUGUUUCUGCUGUGGUGGCAUGCUGGGUGGCUGGGAAGCAGGGGACACCGGCUGGGGAGAACACACCAAACACUUUCCCUACUGCUUCUUCAUCCUUGGGCACGAUGUGGGCAACGUCCCAUUCCAGGGGGGUACAGAGGAAGAGGGGUUCGGCAGCAGACAACAUGCAAACACUCCAUAUGUCCAUAUGGGGAGUUUGGAGGAGAGGCUUGGGAGCUUUGCAGGUGUACAGCACCAGAUUGACCAUGAGAGGCUUGCCAGAGCUGGCUUUUACAGUUCAGGGCAAGGAGACAGGGUGGUGUGUUUCCGCUGUGGUGGAGGUUUAAAAGGCUGGCAGCCUGAGGAAGACCCUUGGGAAGAACAUGCAAAACACUACCCUGGAUGCAGCUUCCUGUUAACAGAAAAAGGACAAGAAUUUGUCAACAACAUCCAGCUACAAGACCCACGACGAAAUGGAGCUGCUUCAAGUCAUCAGAAUGGAUUUUCGGGACAUGGGAAUGAGGUGCUGCAGUGUGCCAUGGCUCAGCAGGCCAUAGGGAUGGGCUUAGAGCCCAGUGUGGUGGAAAAGACCAUCUUGGAGAAAAUCAGCAGGACAGGCUCAGACUACUCCAGCCUGGAAGCAUUAAUGGAGGAUUGUCUUAACCGCACGCCAGAGAGUGCCAAUGCCCAGAGUCAGGAGAAAGACGAGGACCCACUGGAGAAACUACGGAAGCUGCAGAUGGAGAGAACGUGCAAAAUAUGUAUGGACAGAGAUAUUUGUAUGGUGUUCAUUCCCUGUGGUCAUCUCGUCAGUUGUAAGCAGUGUUCAGAGUCACUCAUCAAGUGCCCCAUCUGCUGUGGUGCCAUAACACAGAAGAUCAAGACCUAUAUCGCAUAAGGGAAUCACAGACUCCUGUUAAACUUCAAUGCUGCUUUCUCUCUAUCUUUAUAAUAUUGUAUUUUAAUAAUAAAUGUAGAUAGCCUGUGAUAUAUUUAAGGACCGUGUUGUUUAUAUGAGAAUCAGAGAAAUGAGUAAAUGUAGCGAGUACAAUAUUUUCACAAUCACUGAUUUAGCUGUUAAUAUUGAGAUGGAAUGAUAUUAUAAAUAGCUGAUGUUGAUUUUUGAGUACUGACACAUUUUUGAGUAAAUACAAACACUUACAAUUUUACAUCACUCUUUCUUGCCAGAGGUGCCUUCUCUGAGUUUAUGUACUCGUGUCUUGUUUUGUUUUAUUUUGAACUGGGCAUGGGCUGAAUAUCUGUUCAUUUUAUACACUAAUGUACUCCCCUAUCUUUUUUUUCUGAGUUACUUAUGGACUCACUUUUCUCAAUGUGUGCUGCUCCAUUUUGAAAAAAGGUAAAGGUAGAUCAGUGAAUCAAUUAAGACUCUAUAACUGACAAAAUCAACCUGCAAUUAAUCAGUGUGUGUGAAAUUAUUAAAGCAUUCCAUCAUGCAAUCUGUUGUGUCAUCAAGAGUGAUUAAAUUUGAAUGUUUG